AUGCAUCAUAUAGGAAAAGCUCUCUGCUUCUUCUUCAUCUUGAAUUGUAUGGACAAGACUACGAGUUUUUUUAUCAACAAGGUACACAUUUUUCAUCUCACUACAUUUAGAAAUGGUGGCAACUUGACGCACAUCCGUAAGAAAUGUCCUAACAGUAUGGGUGUGACUGUGAAAAGAAAGGGCGCUUGCUUGAACAGCCACGAUGAGGAGGAAGCUGAGGAUAUUGACGAGGCAGAAACGGAAGAUGAGGAGGAAAUGCAGGAAGAGGACGAACUGGAGGAAACAAGCGAUGUGGACGAGACAGACGCCAGCGACGGCAGGCUCUCACCCCGCAGCACGAAGAAAGUCACCACCGGGGGGAAGAGAGUCAAGGCCGGGAAAAUAAAAAAAAGAAAAAGGAAAAAAAAAACGACGAAUGCGGCUAAGUGUAGAACGUGCAAUAAGAUAUUAAAGCCAAGGGUAAAGUUUUGUGUCCACUGCGGCACGAAUGUAUCGGUAGAGAAAAUUAAAUUAAAAAAGUACAUAGAGGAUAUCUACUUGCCUCUCAGGAAGGAGGAAGUCAGUUACAACACCUACCGUGUGGAGAAGGGAUUCUGGAAUGACAUACUGCCGAAAUUAGGCAAAUAUGAACUGCAUGAAUUGGGGCCGAACAAUUGGGAGAGCUUUUUGAAGUAUUUAAAGUGGAAAAAUUGCUCACCGAGGACGAUGGCCCUGUACCAGUCUACGUAUCAGCAAUCACUGAAAUAUGCCUUAUACCGGGAUUACCUAAAGAGCGUGCAUAAUUUUCGUAAAAUUAAGAAUAGCACAAUUCCGAGGAGGAAGAUUACCCCUCUAUCUCCCAAAGAGAUAGAACUGCUACUCAUCAACAGCGGCGACAUGCACAGAGCCAUCUUCGCCCUGAGUAUAGGCAUAGGGUUGCGUCCGUCCGAGGUCCUGCGCAUUCUUUGGGAAGACGUCAAUUUUGAAAAAAAAGAAAUUUUUAUUAAAGGCCAAAAGACCAAGUAUAGCAACACGGCCAUCCCCAUGACGAAUUUUGCCUACAACGAAUUGGUGAAAUGGUGGGAGAUAGAGAAGAAGCCUCUGAAGGGACUGUGCUUUUAUUCGGAGACGAUCAAAAAUAAGUUUAAUUACACCAACACGAAGACUCCACUAAAAACGUUCAAAACAGCGCUCAAGGGUGCAGCCAAACGGGCUGGACUCGAAAUCAGCGAAGACGGAAAAAAGAGAAGAAUAUUUCCCUACCUGUUAAGACACUCCUUUGCAACCAUUGCUGCAACGUCAAACCCACCUGUCCCGCUUCCAGUGGCACAAGCAAUUAUGCGACACUCCUCUUCAAAAAUGUUACUGGACACUUACACGAAGGCAGGAAACAACAUAAUAAGGGACGGCUUGGAUAACUUCAAAAUAUAG